AUGUUUAGACACGCUGUAAAGCAAGUGGCUUCACGCAAGUUAGUCGCCGGUACUGCCGCUGCUGUAGUCGGGGCAUCUUUCUAUUACAAUCAAUUGCAAUCAACCAAUAAUUGGGAUAAUGCGUCCAUUAUCCAAAAUGAAGCUGUGCUAGCCAAUCCGGUCGAUUCGCCGAAUGUCAAUAUACCUACGAGAUCGGAAUUAGUCAAUAAUCUGAAAACUACAGACCAAUUCGACGUGUUAAUCAUCGGUGGUGGUGCCACCGGUUCGGGUAGUGCUUUGGAUGCUGCUACAAGAGGGCUUAAUGUCGCUUUAGUGGAAAAGGAUGAUUUUGCUUCCGGUACUUCUUCAAAAUCAACUAAAAUGGCUCACGGUGGUGUUAGAUAUUUAGAGAAGGCUGUGUUCCAACUGUCAAAAGCGCAACUAGACUUAGUCAUCGAGGCUUUAAAUGAAAGAGCCCAUCUUUUAUAUACUGCCCCACAUCUUUGUAAAAUCUUACCGAUUAUGAUCCCUGUUUAUAAGUACUGGCAAGUCCCUUAUUUUUACGCUGGUGUUAAAAUGUAUGACAUCUUUGCUGGUUCCCAAAAUUUAAAAUCAUCGUAUUUAGUUUCAAAAGCAAACGCCUGUGAAAUUGCUCCAAUGUUGGAUGAAUCAAAAUUAAAAGCUGGUUUGGUUUAUCAUGAUGGUACUUUUAAUGAUUCAAGAAUGAACUCAACUUUGGCUAUCACUGCAAUCGAAAACGGUGCUACUGUAUUAAACUAUAUGGAGGUGAAACAAUUGCUCAAAGAUCCCUCUUCUGACCAAUUAACUGGUGCUAUUGUGGAAGAUAUUGAAACUGGUGAAAAAAUUCAAAUUAAUGCAAAAGUUAUUGUAAAUGCUACUGGCCCUUACUCGGAUAAAAUUUUACAAAUGGAUAAUAAUAAAAAUGGCAAACCUGAUGAAUUCACUCAAAGUGCUGAAACCUCAAUUGCAACAAAAGUGGCUGUUCAAAAUCCACAUAUGGUCGUUCCAAGUGCUGGUGUCCAUAUUAUAUUGCCUUCAUUCUAUUGUCCAAGAGAAAUGGGUCUGCUUGACGCAAAUACUUCAGAUGGUAGAGUUAUGUUCUUCUUACCAUGGCAAGGUAAAGUGUUAGCGGGUACUACUGAUAUUCCAAUGAAAACUGUCCCUGAAAAUCCAACUGCUACUGAAGCUGAUAUUCAAGAUAUCUUAAAAGAAUUACAGCAUUAUAUUAAAUUCCCUGUCAAGAGAGAAGACGUUCUAUCCGCUUGGGCCGGUAUUAGACCUUUGGUCCAAGAUCCAAGAAAGACUCCAAAGGAAGGUGCCACCCAAGAAUUAGUUAGAUCUCAUUUUAUCUUUACUUCCGAUCAUGGUUUAGUCACUAUUGCAGGUGGUAAAUGGACCACAUACAGAGAAAUGGCCGAAGAAACUAUCGAUACCGUUGUUAAAAAUGGUAAAUUUAAUGUUAAGCCUUGUUCUACAAGAAAGUUGAAAUUGGCUGGUGGUGAAAAUUAUGAUCCAAACUUAGCGGCUUUACUGGCUCAAAAGUACCAUCUACCUUCAAAAUUAUCUGAACAUUUAGCAAAUAACUACGGUACUAGAUCGCCAUUGAUUUGUGACAUGUUUGUAGCUGAUGAUCACAAUAGAUUACCAAUCUAUUUAGCUGGUAAGGAAGAAAAUAAAGUUUACGGUACUGUUGAUUUUGAUUCUUUCAGAUAUCCAUACAGUAUUGCUGAAGUUAAAUACUGUGUCCAUCACGAAUACGCCAGAACAACUUUGGAUUUCUUAAUGAGAAGGUCAAGAUUUGCUUUCCUAGAUGCCAAACAAGCUUUGAAAUCGGUCGAAGGUACUGUGAAGAUUAUGGGUGAUGAAUUGAAUUGGGAUGAAGAAAGAAGAAAGCAAGAAACCGACUAUUCUAUUGAAUAUAUUAAAACAUUCGGUGUCUAA